ACUUGCUUAAGCUGCAGCGUUGAACCGGACGGUCCCGCAAAGACAGACAACUCGUGUGUGAUUUUGUGUAGUAAGAGAAGCCCCCUUCGCUUUGGUGUUACUGUUAUUUUUCGGAAAGCUUCUGGAAAGCGGCUACAUGUGAACAAGGAGUAUGUGUGUGAGAAAGAGAGAGAGGCAGGAGUAAAGCUGUUCGCUCGUUCCGCCCCCUUUCGCCUUCUGGUAGUGCAGCGAAUGUGACAUGCAGUUGCAUUGCAAUCACGUUGCAUUAUUUUGUCUAGCGAAGCGCGAUUUUUUGUCAAACCCUGGGACGCAGUUGCUGAGUCGAAGAAAACAUUUUGCGAUGCCUUCAUCCUAGUGGACUACGGUGUUCUGCGAUUCCAAUGCGGCCGAUUAUCAUGUAAUCGCGAGAGCCCAGUGAAAUUUUCAAACAUUCCAAUCGAACAUCAACAAGCUCAUCGAUAAGUGUGAAAUGUAUAAUAUCAGAUAUAGAUAUAAAUAUUUAUAGUCUUCCAAGCAACCGCGAGGAAAUUUGCAUAUUUGUUUUCCAACCAUUACUUUGUCUAUGGGUGUUGUUAUAUCGAAGCGAAAAGCGAGAGAAAAAUAAGCUAGGAUAUUUUUAUGAAUGCAUUAUAAUACAAAAAAGCGUAAAGUGACCCUAAUUUGAAUGAAGGUUUAAAACGGUGAAAAAAAAACAAGCAAAGCAGUAAAACGAGUAAAAGGUACCAAUAUAUGUUGUAGUUUGCUUGUGCCAAGGAAACACGUUACCUACCAAGCAAUGUCGAUCAUGCAAUGAGUGCAAAAAAUGAAAGAAUAAUGAGAAAAUGCGCAUGGUAAUUGAAUAUGACAUCUCGAUAGAACGAGGAAAACAGAAAUAUCGUGUUGAUAGUUGAGUGUCAAAAUUUGUUCUAUACAAAACUAAUACAAGGCUGAGGAAGCAGAAGUGAUUUUUUGCUUUGAAAUACGCAACUUUUCACAUUCAGCGGUGGCCAAUCGUUAUGCAAGCUGUCUUGCAAAACUCCGUCAAUCGACUUAGUAAACAGUAAAUUUUGGAUUAUCUAGCAAAAAGUCCUGGUUCUAUUUUUGAGGAGGUUAAUCUCAUCAAACAGCAUGGAAAUCUUUCGUAAAGGUUAGUUGCAGCUGGUAACGAUGCAGCAUGCGAGCUUUUUGCACUGUCAGCGCACCCCUAGAGGUUUGCGCACCACCGUCCCGCCCUCUGCCUCCGGGUACAAGAUUUCUAGCUUUAAAACUAUUAGGAACGCCACAGCCACGCACACUCUACUUCCUAGUCGAAGCAAAAAGUCGCGUCCGCGAAGUAUACACGCAAACAUGCCAUCACUUCUCCAAACAGGGUAUGCUGGACACCGAACUGUUCGGGCUAGCCGUGCUGAUCGAUGGCGAGUACCUGUUUGCCGACCCCGAGAGCAAACUUUCCAAGUACGGUCCGAAAAGCUGGCGAUCGUCGCAUACGCACGGUCUUGACGCAAACGGGAAACCUCUCCUGGAGCUACACUUCCGCGUGCAGUUCUAUAUCGAGAGCCCGCUAAUGCUGCGAGAUGAAGUGUCCCGCCACAACUAUUAUCUGCAGCUCAAGUACAAUGCCAUUAACCGAGAUCUGCCGAAAGAGUGCUCGGAGCAAUCGUUGCUUCUGCUCGGUGGUCUCUCGCUACAAGCCGACCUCGGAGAUUGUCAGGAUGAAAAUGGUAGCAACAGUGGAAGUGCCAGUACUGCACCAAGUGCUACUGGUAGCACAGGCACCGCUGCCGGUGGAAGCAACAGCAGCAGCAGUUCGAAUAGCACCAUCAGCAAUAAUAACAGCACUAACAACAGCGGCAACAGUGGCAACAAUGAUUACUUCCGACCGGAAGAAUACAUCAACCCGGCACUCCGAUCAGCGUGGGGUAUCACAGCUCUUACUUCUUGCCAUCGGGAAAAUCGAGGAAUGUCUCGAGCCGACGCCGAAACACACUACAUUCGCGAGGCGUGCCAUCUGAAUGAAGUUAUCAAUGCGCACGUGUUUCGUAUGAAACUGUCGAAAAAUGAAAUCGGGAUGGGCUCAGUGACUCUUAGUAUCUAUGCGAAAGGAAUACGAAUCGCUGUCGACAACUCUACUACGACUACCUUCAACUGGCCCGGCAUUGGAAAGUUGAGUUUCGAUCGGAAAAAGUUUGAAAUACGUUCGGGAGACAACAAGAUUACGCUGUACUCUGUGAACGAUGACAAAAACAAGAUGAUAUUAGCCCUGUGUCGGGAAACGCAUCAAUUUUCCAUGAAAAUUGCUCCGCGACUCACUGAAGCGAUCAAACGAGAAGAAGAGGAAAGCAGCUGUAUUCACGGGUACCCGUAUCUCUACUCUCGCGCUUUGAACCUCCCGUACAAGAGUAAAAGCGACCAGCGAAUAUCGGUUAUUUCCAGUACCAGCUCGAACACUACUUCCGGUAUUGUGAGCGAUCGAGUGCAUUCGGAGGAUGAACUUGAAAUCAUAAUCAACACACCACCUUCGGCCACACUCGCGGCUCCAUCAACGGAAAGUCUAGCUUUGGCGCAUUUACUGGACUGUCCUAGCGUGAGCCGACAAACUUCAUCCGUCGGGCAAGUGUCGCUGAAGGAGCUGGAAGGUACAUUAGCCGCACUUUCUGUACGUUCAAAUCAAACUGUACGUUCGAUAAGCAGUGAUAGUACCGAUGCGAAGGAAAGAUACGGUAAAGAUUGCGAAUCAUCUCCCACCUCGCAGCACAACAUUGGUUCACAGUGUUCAUCUACGUGCAGCACAGUAGUCGUAGCAAACGACUGUAUAAGCCUACCUCAAACUAACGCGAACGGAUCGAUUGAACGACGUCAAACAUCCACAUGUAGUAGUCUGGAACUAGGAUACAGUCACACUGCUCAAAACAGCACACUCAGCGUGGCAACUAGUACUUGCUUAGACCACGAUAUCAACGAAGAAGAAGAGGAGACAAACUCAGGCGUUUACACGUUAGCACAUGCACCACCUACGGAAACUAGCGGAGUGUACACGAUGAACAGCAGCGAGAUGACCGGCCAAUCCUCCGAAAUUGCAGAAUCUGAGUCACACGAGAGCUCCCAUUACGGGAGUUUCCAACCAUGUCAGAGUGAAAUCGCGGAACCAUUGGAACCAGUUGACUCAGUCGACGGUGACUUCAGACCUCACAUUGAUAGUAACAUGAACGAGUUUCGUUUGCGAUCGGAUUCAAAUAUUUCGGCAGCAGGAUCAUUCCGAGGCGAUGGCAGUGAUCCAACUGAUAACAAGCACUCCUUGCUUAGCGCAGAGGAAUUAACAGAUUUGAUUGUUGGUCGAGGAACCUACCCAACCCGGAAAACGGUCAGUCACACUCUCGAUUCCGAUUGUGACUAUGUGACACUUCCAUUGCCUCUCGAAGGAGAAAGCUAUCUCCAGGGUAGUGAAGAUACUGCACCAACGGAAGACGAGUAUGACGAUGAUGUUCUACCUCCUGCUCCUCCCAAACGUAUUGAUAGCAACAUACCAACUCAGCGUCAAUCGCUAAUGAAUCUUGCUUGUUCGGACGAUUCUCCUCCACCUCCUCCUCCUCCCUAUAAUGCUCAUCACGAAACCACGGGACUCCGUGGACCAGACAUUCGUUCGGAUGAAGCCCCAGUAAUCCCGCUGCGCGAUCCUCCUCCUUACCCACAAAAGCCAACAAACAUGAUGAGGGAACGAUCUAUUCCGGCUUCAAUCAUACCAGCACCCUGUACGCCAAGUGUUCAGGCCUCAUCGAUUCCGGAAGAAGUUCCAGCACGCUUCAUUACCACUAGAGCUCAUAUCAACAUUCUCAAAGCACACACCAGUGUGGUAGGUGAAACUCCAAAGCCUAGCUACGCUGCACCCACUGUCAACAACAUCAGUAAUUUGUCGCAGUCACCAAUUCCGACUACAGUUACGGUAGCUUCGACAGCAACCAGCGCAAUCGGUAUCCCGGUUGUUCCGUAUCACAAAAGCAUUACCUCGCCUCCGCCACCGUAUCCGGAAAUGCCUAAACCACCGCAUCGGACCUGCGUUUUACUUCCCGUUAUCAAACCACGACAGUAUCACCCUCCACCACCUCCUACGAUACCACGUCAACCACCACCGCCACCACCUGCGCAUGCACUAGCCACAGUCUACACUGGCCAAUUGGCACGGUCCCAGAUUGAACUCUAUCAACAGCAACUCUACAGUGACGUCGACUAUGUCAUCUAUCCGAUCCAAGAUCCUUCAAUUAGUCAACAGGAGUAUCUGGAUGCAAAACAAGGCUCAAUUUUGGCAGCAAUGGCACAGAGCCCCCCGCCUUCGGCAUAUUUAGCUUAUCAUACAGUUCGAGCACACAACCGUAGCUGGGAUGCUUGCAAAAAUCACGCCAUCUAUCGGAGUACGCCCUACCUUUCAAUGGCUCUGUCAUCGAAUUCCCGUUACGCGUCUACACAGAAUCUUUCGGAUACCUACGUCCAAUUACCGGGAGCUUACUCACCUCUGUACAGUCCAUCGGUGGCAAGUCUAUGCUCAUCGUAUGAACCUCCUCCACCUCCUCCUCUUCGGCCAAGACCUAUCUCAAGCAGCUCAUCAUCGAUGUUUGUGCGAUCCCGCUCCGAUGACAACAUUUUGAACUCGGUGGAAAGUACUCCGAAAAUUCGUCGACUUCCGCCUCCCCCUCCACCACCUUACGAAACACGCAAAGCCAUUCGUAAACCACCGAUUCCUCUACCGACACCUGAAAAACAUGCACCUCCUGAGACUGCCGCCAAUGUGGCAAUGUCUGUUGAGAAACCUCCUGACGGUAAGUUUCUAUCAACUCUUCAAUCGGUCAACGCUAAACGCAACGUUUGCCUAACAGUUCCUGCAAAACAUUCGCCCAUAAAACCGCCAGGGCCUAGUGCGAAGCUACAAGCCCAGAUCAAAAAGCAAUAUCCUGAUUUUGAUCUGAGCACACUGAACACAAACACCUCCAUCGACAUAAAAACCUUGCGGGAAAAAAGCAAAAAUCUCGACUUGCCCCUUAUCUCGGCUCUAAUGCACGAUCGGUCCCUGUUGAAACAAACCCGCGCCUUUGUCAUGCCCAAGCAUCCGGGUAAAACGGCAACAUCAUCUCCUGCCAUCAGCAACACCACAGUCUCCAGCCCGAUUCAGCCGAAUAUCCCGACCCCACAUAAGUCCAAAUAUCCAGUGUCCGGUCUCAGCACAACGCAGCUCGCAAAACCACGCAAGUCGUCGAUCGUCAGCCAUCGGCACCCGAAUGACAAACUGCCCCCUCUGCCGGGCCAAACCGCAACCGAAGGCAACAAUUACGUGAUGGACCCGACACCGGCAAAACAGAAGAGCUACAGCUCUUCGCAACCCAGUGCCUGAGUGAUCAAAUCUUGGUGAUCACUGACAGACACACCCGAAGAGAGAACAAUCAUGGAAAACGAUAGACUUUUACGUUUGGAAACAUUUUGUGUCAUGCUAAAGCUAAGCUAAAUAGGUUUUUGUCGUCUUAGUUGCAUUUUUAUAAAAUGGAUCAAUAGAAUUUUUCGGGUAAGAAAUUAAUGGCAUCGAAGAAAGUCAUGAGGAAAAUCCUGGAACAAUCCCACAAUAUGACCCCACCGAUCGGAUACUUUUUUGCAGUCGCAUUCCUUCGCUUUUCAUGUUUGGGAUGUCAAAUUUAUUUGAAAAUAAAAUGCCUUAGCUCCACGUUCCAUGCUUACUUGUGACUUUCACUUGCUAUAUCACCUAAGUUCAUAACAAAGUGGAAGAUAACAGCAAAUUUGGAAGGGAAUAGAAAUCAAAAAACACAUCGUAGGAUUAUGAAAUAGAAUAUCAUUCAAUAGUGGAAAUCACUCAGGAUUUUUUUUUAUUAAAUCUCGUUUAGGCAAACCUAAUUCUGUUGUAUUUUCUUAGCUGUAGCAAAUCUUAAGUGUAAAUAUAAAUCAACAGGAAGUUAUGGCACAACACACAAUUGCUUAUACUUCGGGUACGAGUAUUCGCAAACCAUUAUUUUGGCAUGAUCGGUAAAUAUGGAUUCAGAAGAAGAAGUGCAAGGUCAAGUGCAAAUUCAGUCACAACACAAACAUCCAUAAAAGUCGUGCCAAAUUUACCGAAUAAGUAGCUCACAAAAAUCAUAAACAUUCAUGAAUGUUAGAAUAGAUAGAGUAUAUUGAAUGCCACACAAGGAGGGAAAGACUAAUGAUUAGAGUAAAACACAAGAAGGUCAAAAUAUAGAAGCAAUAAAAGCAUUCUUUUCGAAUUGUUUACAAUCUAUAUAGUAUAUAGAUAGGUAUUCGUCCAAUGAAAAGACCCCAGCUAUUUUGAAUGAGAAACCAAACGAACACGGAAAAUAAUGGAAUUCUACACUCAAAGUGAGCCGCCAUAUUUAUUUGAUACUGAACGGAAGUGAGAGAAUGUGUGAUGCUGAAAAACUGAAUGGGAAGUUUGGAUCGAAGACAAUAAAGCUAAAGCAAACACAGGGGCAAGCAUAUGAUAAUGGUACAUUUUUUGCUCAAAUUACCUUCUGUAGGAAUAUUGGUAUUUGUAAGUAGUGCACGAG